GUGCAACCAUCCGUCAGGCUUCCCCUUCAGUUUUAAUACGCCGUAGCAUCUCUCAGACAAGGUCGUGCACUUUUGCCUUUCCCUGUGAUAAACAACCAAAAAAGUGGCGUGGGUCAGCCGUGCAAGCAGUCAUUGUGUCCCAACCUUCCCACGAGGAUGGAGAGGAGAUGCGGACACCGCUUGAAAUCGUAGUCAUUUAUUUUUGACAGAUAGUAGGAUGGAUAGUUCGCACGUGUUCACUGUAGUGAAUGACUUUAGGCGCGCGAUUGAAAAUGACACUGCAAGCGCGACAGAAUAUAUCUCCAGGUAAAUACGGGCACGAGACUAGCUCGCGCUAGACGCGCGAAAAUGAACUCAACGACGAGCGAGUAUCGGCAGUGAUUUCUUCAAAAUGACUGAAAUUAUCCAAAUGAAAUUAUGAACAGAAAGACAGAUUGCAGACGAACAUUAACAACACUCGCAAUACGUCGUAAAAUAGCGCUUGUUACCGAACAGUAUGUUAAAAUCGGACAAUUUCAGUCACGCUCUGAGGUCUCGUGAAGGGUUCAACGGUGACAAGACAGAGACGGAGGCGAGUUCGACAACGGACGACUUGGGCAGCGAUUAAAAUACUGGGACCUUCCGUCAUUUGACCGGGCAUCCUUCUCCAUAAAAUAAUCAUCACAGACUCGCAGAGCGCCUCGUUGGUCUAAAAUUCACGGAGUGACAGAAAUGGCUUCUCAGAGUCUGUGAGCUGUGCAGUGUGGGACGCUGUCUGCCCCGUUGUCAUCAGACGUCAUGAGCUGGAGCUUCCUGACGCGUCUGCUGGAGGAGAUCCAGCACCACUCCACGUCGGUGGGGAAACUCUGGCUCACUACGCUAGUUGUCUUCCGCAUCGUGCUGACUGCGGUGGGCGGCGAGUCCAUAUACUACGAUGAGCAGAGCAAGUUCGUCUGUAACUCGGGCCAGCCGGGAUGUGAGAACGUCUGCUACGAUGCCUUCGCACCACUCUCGCAUGUGCGAUUCUGGGUUUUUCAGAUCAUCCUGUCCGCCAUGCCCUCUCUGCUCUACAUGGGCUAUGCUGCCAAUAAGAUCUCCCACAACGAGGACUUGCGGGGCGGCACAGGGGCCGGCGCUCCAGCAGCAGGUGAUUCGGCAGGGGGCGGAUACACCCAGCGCAGACCGAGAAAGAUGUACUUUGGGGCACGGCAGCAUCGACCAGGACACGAGGAUGGGGAAGAGGAACGUGAGGAUGACCCCAUGAUUUACGAAGUGCCUGAGAUAGACAACACGCGUCGGGAGUUGGUGCCACCACGACCCAAACCCAAAGUGCGUCACGACGGACGUCGUCGUAUCCGAGAUGAUGGCCUGAUGCGAGUGUAUGUGUUACAGCUGCUGACGCGCUCCGCGCUGGAGGCUGGCUUUCUGGCGGGACAGUACCUGUUGUACGGUUUUCGUGUGGAACCAAUUUUUGUGUGCUCAGAUAAGCCCUGCCCGCACAGUGUGGACUGCUUCAUCUCACGUCCUACCGAAAAGACCAUCUUCCUCCGAAUCAUGUACGGCGUCAGCUGCCUUUGUCUGCUGCUAAACCUGUGGGAAAUGAUUCAUCUCGGAGUGGGAACCAUCGGCGAUGUACUGCGCAAGCGAAACACAGCAUCCACUGAUGAUGAGUAUCAGCUUGGCCUGCUUGCGGCAGGGGGCGUGUCUGUCGGAGUAGGCGGGCCCUCGCUCAGCGAGGGGGAACCAGGAGGUGGGGUUGGGGGUGGUGCUCGAGAAGCGGACUAUGUUGGUUAUCCCUUUUCCUGGAACACCCCUUCUGCACCACCAGGCUACAACAUCGUGGUGAAGCCCGAGACGAUGCCGUACACAGACCUGAGCAACGCCAAGAUGGCGUGCAAGCAGAACCGUGCCAAUAUUGCACAGGAAGAACAGCAGCAGUACGGCUCCAAUGAGGACAACUUCCCAUCUGCAGGUGAGGCGCGGCCGCCACCCAUCAACAAAGAUGUGAUACAAUUAGAGGCGGCAAUUCAAGCCUAUACCUUGCAGCACAAUGCUAGCAAUAACCACGAUGAGCUCAAUGACACUAAUGACAUCGACGAGAAGCCUCAGAGUAACAUCACCACAGUACCACAGAAGGAGCGAAAACAACGGUCCAAGCAUGGGAAAUCUGGGAGCGCUGGGAGCAGUAGCAGCAGCAAAUCAGGAGAAGGCAAACCAUCUGUCUGGAUCUGACAUUUACACACAAACCUGAACAUUUCAAAUUUGUGGGCACACUCUCAUCCAUUUCUACAUGUUUUCUAGACACAAAAUAUUGUGUGUAUCCCACAGAUUACAAAGACUGCGCAUUCGCAAUUGGAAAAUAUGCUGUAUAUAUAUUUUUAAAUGCUUUCAGUGCCUUAAAGAAACUCCAUGAAUAAGAUGGAUUUUUCUUCCUUUUUCUUGAUCUUCCUAAAAUAAUCUUGUGUUCUCAAGAUUAUGUUGAGCUCUAAGAACAUUCCCUCAUAAUCCAGAAAAACCGAUCCGUUUUCAAAGUUUGGAACUAUUCAGUGAGUUACUCAGUGAGAGAAAGUCUUCCUGAUGGAUCCCUUCGGAAUGGUGAUGACACUACAAUCCGAUUCCAAGCCAGCUGUCUUCCUCUUUCCAGUGUUAAACAAUAACUUUUACAUUACAAUGCUAUAACAAUGCAAUGAUGCAAUGGUACACUGUGGUCUUGAAGACCCAACAGAACUGAAUGGUCCUGUGGAAUAAGCUGAUAAGCUGUAAUCUAUAUUUACAAACACAUUCAGUGCAAUUUUUGGUCACACUCAGAGCUAUGGGUGAUAAGAGGCAUCAGUGCGAUGACUUUCAGUUCUAGAAAUUCCCACAGUUUCGAGAACUCUGUAGUUUUUCUAGCCACAAAGACUUGGGAUAUUCAGUUGAUGGAUCCACAUCCUACUCUGUUCUUGUACUAUCCCCUAGUGGUGAAGGAAGCAGUUGCAGUCUAGUCUUAUCAGCCAUAUAAAUAUAUACAGGGUUCCCACAGUCCUGGAAAACAUGGAAAUAACAUGGAAUUUUGAAAGUGUGAUUUCCAAGCCUGAAAAAAAAAAAAAAAAAAUCAUGGAAUUUCAUUUUAAAAAAUAUAAACGAAAAGAAAAUUAGAAGGUAAUUCAUUUAAGUGCUCAGUUUUCUUGGUUGUUUCUUUUGAUAGAAAUAACUCUUUUUGAGUUCAGCAGUCAUUAUAAACAUUUUUUUUUUUUUUUUAUCUGUGUGCAGUAAUUGAAUAGUGAAUGGAAAAGUUAAAAGGAAAAUAUCAUGGAUAUUCAUUGGUCCUAAAGGGUGGGAACCCUGUACAUUAAGGUGCAUAUGAACAUUUUUCAUUAAGAUUCCCAGGUGAAAAAAAGUACACUUCCAUAAUGUACGUAUAAAUAGAGCAUAAAGUGCUCUAUGUUCAUGCACUAAUUUUGUGCUUAAAGGCCCACUGAAGUGCCUUGGAACGUGCAGCUUUAUUCACUGUGUUGAUGUAAUUUCCAAUGAAACAGAAAGACAGGGUGGGAUAUAUCUAGAAGCUCCUCCUCUUUUUUUCAAAAUAGCUAAUAGCGUUUCGCCUAGAUCACAGCUUGGCCAGAGCCGUUGAGCUCAUAAAACCCAAUUUUCCUCAUAAUCUCUAACCGUUUUUCCUCCAUAUUUCAUUGAGAUAUAGCAUUGUUUGUAUAAUUCAAAUGUGUCUAAAUGUUUUGUGGUCUGAGCCGAUUCGCACGUAUAGAGCUAGACCGGAGCAGACUGUGCUCAAGCUGCGGCGAUUCACGUGACACUAACACGAAAACGGACUUCGGUUGGUUUAUAGUUUAGGAGGGGCGGGACUUCAGAUUCUAGAGAGCAUUUGAUUGGACAGAAGAUUUGAUGAGAAGCUGAAGUGCGAUGUGAUGUCAUGAAAAUCCAUGAUCCAUUUUAGCGGAAGUGAAAGACUUGCUUAUAUCUCCUAAAUGCGAAUUUUGUCAUUGUUUUGGAACACACCAGCUUAUUCAUAACCUUAAGGUUAACAUAUUCAUACUAAAAGCUAAAAAACCUUAAAUUUUGAUUUCAGGGGGACUUUAAUAUACUAAAAAUUCUUCUUUAGUACUUCUUAAGAAGAAGUUCAUAUUCAUGGUGUCUCAAAAUAACAGAGUUUAGUACACUUAGAUGUUCUUAAGAUUAUCUAACUUAAGAAGAAUUUUUAGUAUAUUAAGUACAAAAUUAGUGCACGAAAAUAGAGCACUUUAAGUACUUUAUGGAAGUAUACUUUUUUUUUUUCUCCUGGGUUGACUUGACAGAAACUCACUGUGCAUUGUUGCUAUUGAUCUAGUGAACAUGUACUGUAUUUGUGGGAACAUCCUCUGGCUCUAAGAGACUUGAUAUAUCCAAUCCAAGUAGCAGGUCUAACUUGGUCCAAAUGGAGCUUGAGAGUUUAACAGUGCAAUCAAUGUAGACAUCCAAGAUACACACAUACAGUCUCAUGCACACAGUGUUAAGAGUCUUCCAUUUUCUCUCAUACUGCCACAUUCCAACUUGCGAGACUUUUGCCUUUAUGUGGGAUGUUUCAUUUUGUGACGAUUGCCAUUGGAGACCAAAUACUGUUUGUCACAAUAAAGACAUCAAGCCACUAUGCAGUCAUGCGGACAGAGAAAAACACGCCAUAGAACACCAUUGUGUGUGCCUGCGUGUGUGCGCGCUUGCGUGUGCUGUAGCUGAGGAUGAGGAAGUGGGGGAGUGAUUGCAUGAGUGCAUGUGAGAAAUUUUUGAUUAACAAAUUAAAGAAAUAAAAGAGAAUCCCUUUACAUAUCAGCAUUUCAGCAGUAUUUAUUAAUGCUGAAGAUUGUGGCAUUAGAUUUGUGGUUUCUAUAAGCGAGACUUGACUUGUUUGUAUUUUUAAACAUCAAUUAGAUUUCUUUUUUUAUUAGCUUUUUUAAUACAAGGAACUCGACAGUACCCAUAUGAUUUGAUUAUUACAAAAAAAUACGUUUUGUAGGAUGGAUUUUUUAUGAUUUUGUUGCCUUUAAUUGUAGCAAAACAAUUUUAUGUAUGUACUUGUAGUCAACCAGUUCAGACAUUUCCCAUUGUGUUCAGUGAAUCCUUUUUUUAUAGUCAUAAUCAAUACCUUCAAAUAUGAUUUUGCAUGGGAGCGAAAAUAGGAAUGUUUUAGGGGAAUUUCCACAGCACUCUUUCCAGUGGAAAACUGUACACAAAAAGGAUUCUUCAAUGUAACUACUUUGACCUUUUCUGUGUGGGUGCAUGUUGGAGUUUCUAGCAGCUGUAUAUAUUUGAGCGCUCCAGAUGGAGUGAGUAUAAGAGACCCCUCUGCCCCACAUCUGAGCACCACUGCGUGUGUUUGCGUUUGCGUUUAAUAUGUGAGUGUGUGGAGUCAGGGUUAGCCGAGGUAAUCCUCAAGAAAAGCCUCUCUCGUACUUUUGUCAGCUGUCUGAGAAAGAGAAACUGAAGUAGUAAGCUACUUUACUCCAGAGUUUGACACAUCACUUUGAAAGCAAGUCUUCUCAGCAGGUCACAAUGAAGUGUGAAGGCAUUCUUCUUACUGACGGGCAUGUGUGAGUGUGAGAGCAUGCGUUUCUAUUUAUUGUCCUUUCCUGGUUAUCAUCAAGCCAGUAAUGUGUUUGAUAAGACCUUUGUUUUGUCCUGACUGGUAUGUGUUUCUAUAAAUGUUGUCACUGUGUUUGAACAUGAGGGAGAAAAAAUGCUUUUAAUGUGCCAAGCUGGAUUGUCCAGCAAUGUACAAUUAUUUCCAAUUUUUGAAAACCCUCUCUUUGAAUUUGGAAAUGCAUGUUCAGAGCUAUUUUGUUAAUAAAAUGAAAUAAAUGGGAAUUA